UUCUAUACGUCCAGAGGAAAUGAGGAAGGAAUUGCAAGUCCUCUUACGGACAGUAUGGGACGAGAUCAUGCUGCCCAUCGUCAUCGCCCUCCAGUGACCUCAGAGUAACACGCCGCUCUCGAAUCUGGCUGUGCCCAACUGCAGCCUUCACUUCCAUUCCUCUCUGCACAGCUUACCCCUUCGAACGAAGGCAGACGGACGUGGGGCGGAACAACACCUGGAGGGCGUCUACAUCUGUUCUCACACACCAUUUCUGCAUGGGCAAAGUUCACCGGGCGCGGGCAAGGCGAGGAGCUCUUGAAUGUCGAGAGCGCGAACUUGGGCUCGUCCCCGCGACGGCCAACCCCAUCACUCUCUCCGGUGAUGAUGCCGCGUGAGCAGUUGCGCACUCGACGCUUUGUGACGCAACACCUGGGUACACCUCGCUUGUCAUAGAAAGCAGGACUUCACCAUGAGAGACGAACCUCGCUGUUUGACAUUAUGGGGAACGACAUUCCUCAUGCUGAAUUUGCGUUCUUAUCGGCGUGUCAUACUGCCAUUGGUGAUGAAGAGACACCCGACGAAGUUGUUCACCUCGCAGGUGGACUCCAGUUUUCGGGACUCAAAAGCGUUAUUGGCGCGCUGUGGGUGGUCGACGGUGACGUCGCAAAACACGUUGUUGAAGCUUUCUACGAGAAUAUGUUCAGGGAUUGCGCCUUGUUGAGACAUGCGAGUUGAUUCUCGCUCGAGUU